AGUUAAUCGCUGCCAUUAACAGCUUUAAAAAUGACCGUACCUUUCUGUUCUGUCAGCAUCUGAAAUCUGGAUCAGGACUGUGCUUUUAACGGGAAGAUCACGCGCCACGCCAAAUUCUACUGCGUCAAAAAAUAUGUAUAUAUUUGUUCAGCGAGUGAAUAUGAACUUUUUGAAGACACUCGGGUAAAACUUCACGAAAUAAUUCAGAGGGCGUGUUCCACAAGUUACGGUCACAUUACCAACCCUGCAGGACAGCUACAGCUGAGGGACCUGCGGUUACGGAAAUUGUUUCGCAGGAGUGUGAUUUCUGUUGUAACUGUUGUCAUUAGAGCACCCUGGUGAAAGUAUUCCUUUCGUGUGUUUGUGUGUCAGCGGUAUUGCUUAAAGUUUGAUUAAGGCUACGAUGUUACGUGUUAGCAUUUCUCAAAACGCACCCUGGACGCCAUUGACCUCAAGUGAGGAUCUCUUGCUGCGGAUGUGAUACGUUUUAUUGCAUUUUCGGUGAAUAAUGUGGAGAGCGCGUGAUGCAGCGACGCUGCUUUACAGCACCCGAAAGAGCAAAAGUUAAACCCGGUUAAGAUGACAACCAGCGCGCACCCUGAGACCAUCCAGGUGGGGAAUGGACUUGAAUCUGAUUUUCGGGAUUAUCGAUCAACACAGAAAGAGAUGUCGGCGGAAGAGUCCUGUCAUCAUGACCACAAUAUGAAUAAGGGUGGAAACAGUGAAAGCGGAGAAGGGGACUUGGAUUCUCCCAAGGUGGCAGGUACUGUAAAGGCACUUUCAACUGCCUGUGAAGACUCCUUUCCAACAGCCUUGUCCAUGCGGCUGUCCGUGGUGCGGGGGCCGGACAGACUUCCUGACGAGGGGCUGCAGGAAGUGCUGAGGGGGAAGCUGAGAGUGCUGGAGGGGGACAGCGGCGAGGUCACGGCCCUCUUCUCCGAACUCUCUGCUCGGUUACUCUCGAUCAACAGUGAAGAAGAUGUCAUAUUCGUUACAUUUAAAACAUUUGAGGAGAUAUGGAAAUUCAGCACAUAUUACACAUUGGGCUUCCUUGGACAGUGCAUGGAGAAUCUGCUCAUGGACCAAGAGUUCUGGCUGAACUCACUGGAGCAGGAUGAUCCCGGAAUAGAAGUCUCAGUUCAAGAAGAAACACUGAGCCUCAUGUACAAAGGGAUCUUAAUGCAAGAAGGGUCUUUUUUCGGGAGCUGUACAACCAAUCAGAUGUUCGACAGCUCCACCUCCGGCAGCGACCUGUACCUGGAGCAGGGCGACAUCGCCAUGUUCGAGCCCCCUUUCCUGGGCUCGGGGUGGACCGUGCUGUCGCUGGUGGAUGGGGCGAGAGGCACCAAACCCAAACCAGCGCUGGAGCCCGUCGACCCGUUCCACCAAUGGUUCCUGAAAGCAUGUCCCGAGAACAUCCUGGUCGGAAGUGGCAAGCUGGCGUAUGACUUCCCUUUCCAGUUUGCCGUAGGGUCCUGCGUGGCCACCGUAGAAUACGAUGCCUGUGGGCCGGACGAGCUGAGCUUCGACUGUGGUGAUGUCAUCCAGACCGUGGGCCCGCUGGCGUCCUGUUUCGAGUGGUUUCUGGGGAAACACGAGAGCUCGGGAGACGUAGGACUAGUGAAGACCUGUCUGGUCAAACCUACCGACUCGCUUUGUGAGUCGACAGAAGCUUUUUUAGACAAAGAGGACAGGCUGCUAUUUAACAUGAAUGACAAGCAUAGUAGAGCCGAGAUGAUCGCUUUGUUGAAUAAAACAUCCAAAAGUGAUGUUGGCACUGUCUACAAACUAGAUUUUAUAGAACCUCAGGAUUGUCCAGGAGGAACAAAUCAAAAUGGGCUGUACAAUGUAAAUGCUUCAAAACAAGAAGAACUGAGAAGCAAAAUAGACCUGAUUCUGAGUGAGCUGAAAGGAACCAGCUCAUUACCAGCCAAAGUGACAGAGCCGUGUCUGGACGAUGAUACCCCCGAGCCAGCAGGGGGCGAUGACGCGCCGUGCUUCAUCGUCCACUUGGAAGGGGAUAAUCCUAGCUCUGAUGGGUUCCUGCCUCUGCUCACAUUCCUCAACUGCGGUGACUACAGGGCGGAGUUCGCCGCCCUCUACGACCACGCCCUGCCGUUUCGCGACUCGCUGUUCUCCGGCCAUGCCGACGACGACGAGCUGGUGUCCUACCUGGGGGUCGCCAGGGAGACGGCCCGGAAGAAGAGGAUGUUCUGGGCCCAGAGCAGGAUCUGCUUCCUCCUGGGCAAGAUGUGUGCCAGGAAGUCCAAGUUCUCCCAGGCCCGGGUGUACUUUGAGGAGACGUUGAGCGUGGUCCGGGACCUCUUCACCGACACCCUGCUGCUCAUCUCCGUCUACACCAACCUGGCCGUCAUCUAUCUCAUGCAGAAGAACACGGAGAAGUACUUCGCCGUCUCGGAGCGAGCGGCCGCCUUGCUGAUGGCGAUCCCCGACUACGUCUGCAGUACGGAGAAGGAGCCGGAGGUGUUCAAGUACAUCCUGAAGAAGGCCAUCCUGGCCCACAACAUGGCCGCCGAGGCCAGGGCCUGCUUCCUGCUGUCAAGGGUGUACUGGAGGCUGGAGCGCGCUCAGAACGCCGUGCCCUUCCUGGAGCGGCUGCAGAUCCUCGGCGAGGGGCUCCCGGGGGCCGGCGGCCCCGCGCUCAGCCGCUGCUACCUGGCUCUGGGGCGGCUCUACGGGGAGAAGUACCUCCCCCACCUGGCCCUGAGCGCGGUGCGACGGGCCACCCUCCAGCCCGCCGCCGGCCUCGCCCAAAACCUGGGCGGGAUCGGCCUGGUCCUGGAGAACGCCCCCCGGCUGUACGGCGUGGGGAAGCAGGGCGUCCCCGUCCCGGCCCAGACGGCCCCCUACCUGAGCCGCGCGCUGGUCUUCGCGUCCGCCGACGGGGACCGCGUCCUCUGCCACGCCCUCUCCCUCUGCCUGUCCCAGCUGUUCCAGAAGCAGGGCAUGCUGGGAAAGGCCAUCCAGCACGUCCACGCGCUGAUAGACCUGGGCCCCGGCGCGAGCCGGACCGACGCCACCGACGCCCUGGUCUACCUGGCCUGGCUGCACGUCUGCAACGGGGAGCACCGGCAGGCCCUGGGCGUUCUGGACUCCCUGCUGGCCUCCACGCCCGAAAACUGCACCACCCCGCAGGAGGGCGUCAUCUACAACCUCCGCGCCAUCGCCCUGCGGCACUCGGGCGACGUGCGGCAGGCCUCGCUCAGCUACCAGGAGGCCAUCGACAUCUGCGCCGAGUUCGACUCCCGGCACAACUGGGCCAUCGCGCUGGCCAACUUCGGGCUCCUCUGCCUGCAGGCCGGAGCCAGGACCCUGGGCGAGAGCAGCCUGGUCCAGUCCCUGGAGUUCUUCUCCGAGCUGACGGACGAGGGCCACGAGGUGAACUUCAUCGCCGUGCUCCUGGAGCUGGGCCAGUUCUGCGUCCAGCAGGGUCAGCCGGAGAAAGGGAAGAUCUACUACGAGUGGGCCCUGCUCAUCGCCAUCAAGUCAAACCACUCCGAGUGCCAGCUGCGGGCUACCCGUCGGCUGUGCCAUCUUUACCAGGCGGUUUGCCCUGACGAAGCCCAGAGCAUCAUCUACAAUGAGCACCAGCUCACCCUGGUGCGCAGGACCGGAGACAAGAGCCAGGAGGGGGACAUCCUGCAGGCCAUCAGCCAGCUGUACCUGAGUUUAGGAACCGAGAGGGCCUACAAGUCGGCGCUGGACUACACCAAGCGCAGUCUGGGCAUCUUCAUCGACCUGAGGAAGAAGGAGAAGGAGGCGUACGCCUGGCUCCAGGCCGGAAAGAUCUACCACAUCCUGAGGCAGAACGAGCUGGUGGAUCUCUAUAUACAGGUAGCCCAGGAUUCGGGCCUGAGCACUGGGAACAGCCACUUCAUCCUGGAGCUGCUGGAGGUGGCAGGGGACGUCUUCUUCAACGGCUUCAGGGAAAGGGAGAAGGCCGUGUCCUUCUACAGGGACCGGGCCUUCCCAAUCGCUGUGAAGACCAGCAACUCCAGGUCCCAGCUGAGGCUCUCCAACAAGCUGGCAGAGCUUCUGAUGCAGCUCAAGCUGUACGGGGAGGCGCUGGAGUUUGCCCAGGCUGCCCUGGACAUCAGUGCCAGCUUGGGAGACCGUCUGAACGAGCGGGUAGCCUUCCACAGACUGGCUACAGUGUACCACUGCCUGGGCCAGUACGAGCUGGCCGAACACUACUUCCUGAAGGCCUUGUCCCUCUGCCCCUCCCCCCUUCAGUUCGACGAGGAGACGCUCUACUACGUCAGAGUCUACCAGACGCUCGGUGACAUCAUCUUCUAUGACCUCAAGGACCCGCACGACGCAGCGGGGUACUACCACCUGGCGCUGGCGGCCGCCAUGGACCUGGGCAACAAGCGGUCGCAGCUGAAGCUGUGCACGCGGCUGGCCACCAUCUACCACAACUUCCUGCUGGACCGGGAGCUGUCCCUGUUCUUCUACCAGAAGGCCCGAGCCUUCGCCACCGAGCUCAACGUGCGCAGGAUCAACCUGUCGCCCGACCAGAACUUCCACAGCACGUCCCACUACAAGACCGCCACCGCCGCUGCCGCGCCGUAG